AUGGAAGCGUCCAUUUCCGCUUCUGCCGCAGUGGAACAAGCAUCUGCUUUGGCAUCACAGUCUAUUGCUGCUGUCACAAAAAGUGCAUUGAAUGCCGCGAGUUCGGCAAGUGUUGCAAUAGAUAGUUUGAUGCUGAUGAAAAGAAAGGCUUCUGCUUCUAGUGCUGUUCUUUCUGCUCAGUCUGCUGCAGCUUCAGCUUCUGCCUCAACAACGGCUAUUUCAGCUCCCGAUAACCAAUCAACUCCUGGGCCGACCGCGCAGAAAGACUUCGUCUUGCUCACACCAGCCCAAACAGCUCUCAUUAUUAUUGGAAGCGUCUUGGUCUCUAGCUUCCUCACACUCGCAAUAUCAUGUCUCAUUUUAAGACCUAGAAGAAUAGCAGCAAAUCAAGUGCGAGAACUCCAUGAUGGGAACAGUGCUUCUCAGAAGAUGAUAGGUGGCAAGGAUUCGCUGGCGCCCAAAACAGUCGGCAGGUCAGCACCUGUAGCCUCAAAUCCAAUAUUUUCGCAUGAAGCAAAUGAUUCAUCUCCUGUACCUAGGAUUAUUGACGCCAGGACUGGAGCUUUGACACCAGAUUCUUUCUCCAGAGCAACUUCUCCUGAUAUCACUGCAGAGGAGAGGUUACCGCCGUCUCAAGCUCGAGCAAUAUCUAAGAACUCUGGCGAGAAACGUCUUCAACCACCGCUGCGCACACGUCUCUUUAUACCUUCAAGCCCAGGUAGCUCGGUCUCCCCAAACCGUGUUCAACGUCAGCCUUACCAGCCGUCAAGAAUUUCGAGGAACCUUGACUACCUUGACGAGGUUCUGCCUUGGGAGGGAAUGGAAUUUCCGGAGGUGCCUGACACCAGAGAAAGGAGGGACAAUGAGAUUCGCGUUGAGACGGACAUUGAGGUUAGGCUGAGAAACAAGGAUAGCCUUGAGACAUUGAGGAUGGGUCGUGCAUACUAA